UCAUUCAGAAAAAGGAAUGCAGGUCACCGCGAUCCAACCUAACUGCUCUCCAUCCAUGCUAUAAAACUUGCAGAGAGAGACCAUGCCAUGCGUCUCCUCACCGAUCACCUCACCGGCGGAAGCAAAGGGAGCCACAAGAAGCUCCGCGCGAAGCAGCAACAAGCCAUGGAGCAGAAGCUGCUGUCCGUCCUCCUCCUCCUCGCCGUCCUCUGCGCCGGGCCCUGCCACGCCCUGCGCCUCCUCAACGACGCCGACGGCGGCCGGGAGUUCUCCUUCGGCUCCAAGGCCGCCGCAGCGGGGGCCGCCGAGACCGAGCCGCUGGACCCGUCCCUGAGCGACGACUACGAGAACGAGAUCAGCCACGUGGAGUUCGAGCCGGAGCUCGGCAGCGUGGCGCCGCACGCCACGGCCGCGGCGGCGCCCGUGCCCGCCGCCGCGACCACGGCCACCGUCACCGUCGCCGCCGCGGGGCCGGCCCCGGAGCCGGUGAGGGCCCGCAACGCCGCCGCAGCGGAGAGCGCCGCCGGCACCCGGAGCAUGAAGUGGUGGCUGCCGCCGUCGACCAUGCCGUCGUUCCCGCUGUUCCCGAACCCCGGCGGCAUGCCCGGCAUCCCGGGGCUCCCGAUGCCCGGCAUGCCGUUCCACCCCAUCGGCGGCUGGGGCGUGCCGGCGCCGCCCGACCAGUCCCCGCCGGCACCCCCUGCGGCCGCCGCAAGCACCAACGCCAACGACCCGAACGCGAACGGCGGCGUCAACUGACCAGCGAGCUCGCUGCUCGCCUCUAUAUGAUCGGCGCGCCGCGGUGGACGGUGCUAGAGCUCACCGUUCCUUCUCGGUUCUUAUCACUACUCGUGUCUCGCCUACUACCACCGAGUUCACCCCUACUAAGGCCUAGUCGUGCCUCGUGUGUGUUCGCUUCGAAUGUUGGGCUGUGAACUUGAUUGUUACCAUGUUGUUGGCCGCAUGAACUUGUGUUGCCUUCAACGAGGGCGUGCCAUUUGUUCUGCUGCUCUAACUUACACGAGUGAGAUAGACAAACCUGCCGUGACUCUACUGCUACAAAUAUAGGUUCUUGUAGCAUGAAAAAAGUUACUGUGCUGAUAUGUUGUCAAUAUACACGGAUCUUAUA